UUUGGCUGCAGGCGGAGGGAGGGCAGGUCUGACGCAGAGAGCACCUGCAGUAAUGGCGCCGUUAUGCGCGGUACCACUUUACACUUCAGAGAAAACCGUUAGUCUGCACCAAUUUAAUCUCCGAGGACGCUGUCACUCCCUGGAGACCACACAAGUGCAUUUGAUUGGGCCAAAACUAUGAGGCCGCGGCACGGAGAGACACAAACCGGGAGAAUUUCCUCUAUAUCAGCUCUAAAUCAAAGCAUGGUCCUUCAGUGCUGCAGCCAGAACUGUGCUGAUGGAGAUGCAAAGGAACAGAAAGGUCUUUGGUGCUAUUUGCCCAAACCAAAUGAGCCAACAGGGGAGGAGACCUGCAGGAAACAAAAAGGAUAAAGUGGUGCCAAGAAGCAGCAGUCCAGUCAAUGUGUACGUUGAGCUUCCCUGCAUCAUUGAACAAGCUUUUUCAACAAUUGCAUGGGAUGAUUUGGAAGACUGUGCGUCCCUGGUGAGACGAGAGAGUGACUCCAUCGGAUCUCAGGUGGAUGAAUCUGAUGUAGAUGACCAAGACUUUGGAGAUUAUGCACUGGAUUUCAUGGCAGAUUCUCCUGCCACGUUGGAGAGCAGCCUGUCUCCUGCUGAACUGUUACCAUUUCAGGGAUGUGUCAUACCUCUCCUCACCCCUCAGCGGUACUUCUCAUCGGAGGACAGUCUGGUUCACUCUUCCACAGAAGCAGGCAACCCAUCUGCCAAAGAUGGAGAUCACUGGCAGGGCUUUGCCCAGUGCCAAGGCAGGGUGUUGGGAGAUUCAAUGGAAGUCAAUAAUCAGCUCCAUGAGACUCUACACCGAAAACAGGAAGAGAUUGACUCCCUUCAGGAGAGAAAUCUUCACCUCAGGCAGCUGGCCAGCCGUGCAAAGCACCUGGCUUCAGUGCUUGAAAAACUGAUGACAGUCAGAGACCCAAAUGAACCAGUGUUGCCUUGUGGUAAUAAAACUUCCCUGAGUCCCUGCAAGCGUCAGCGACUGGAUGAAGGAUAUGAAACCGAGACUUCUGAUUCAGUGGAGGACAUGCUGAGGGACGUCAGCACACGCUGCAAUGCCGUCCUGCACAGCGCUGCUCCUGGAACAAGACUACCGCAGGAAUCGGAGACUGUUCGCAUGUACGGUGCAUUCUCAGGCCUACAGACUUCUAUAUCCAAAGACAGCAGCAUGACGGUGGACGGAGCAGAGCCUGAAGAGAGCGUCUCAUCUUUCAGAACUUCUAUUAGAGAACACUGCACCAUAAGGACUCAGGUGUUUCCUCACGGACAUGCCUUCACCUCGAGGACUCAGCAGGGAGGAUACCGCUUCCGCUGGGUUCCAAACCACAACUGAACCAGAGUUAACAAAUGCAAACUUGGAUCCAUUAUUUCUUCUUGUACUAGUCAAGACUUGAAGGAUGUAUGGGUGGGUGGUGACU